AUGAAUAAACCACCACAGCCUAUAACGGGACCCCCCUCUGUCCCAAACCCAGCCCCCUCCCCCGGAUUGACACAGGCCACCUACGGACCUGGGCAGCCUCAGUCUCUUGUUUUUGCCACACCUGCCCCCCCACAGAUGAACUCCGCACCUCAGCCAAGACAGUUUGCCGCAGGGCCCCGUACGUUACACCAACAGGGUGGAUACAGAGCGCUACAGGGUUACUAUUCGAACCGUCCGGCGAUGGCAACCAGUGCACCGAGGGUCCAAACAAGCAGUGGUCCUCGACCCGUAGGGCCCACCCAUGUCUAUCCGCCAAGCUCCCAGAUGAUGAUGAUUCCCCAGCAGCAGCUCUCAUUUGCCGGCUCCCCUCAGGGUUACUUCAUUCCUCCUGGACAGUACCGGGCCCCUUAUAUGCCACCUACUCAGCAGUAUCCCGUGACCAGCGGCAGUGCUGGCUACUACGCGGGAACCAGCCCUGCUGAAUAUCCCGGCUAUGCAGGAGCGUACUACCCGGCUCAGUCGCCGUACACGCCGUCUGUCCAGUCUGCACCGGUCAUGAUCAACCCUCCCCAACAACAGCAACCAGCACCCCCUCCCCAGCAGCCGCCAGCACCGCCACAAGGCCCACCAAAGAGGGAACGUAAACCGGUAGUGUGUCGCAACAAAAGUGCAGUGGACCUCUUUUCUGAUAUCAGAAUACGAGACCCUACUCAGGGUGGACGAGAUAUCACAGAGGAAAUCAUGUCUGGCGGAAGGUCCACCUCAACACCAACUCCUCCGCAGGCCAACAUCACAGAAGGCGGUUCUGCACAGACGAAUGGUGAAGUCAUUCCGCCUGCUACGACCGUCACAAGACGAGACGAUAAUAUAGAGCAAGUUGCCAGUGUCGAGACCCCACCACCUCCUUCAACAUCAAACCCCGAGCCCACGUUUGAGGCCACACUGGAAGCGGACAACCAGAACGUGCCGGCUGAGGAAUCUGAACCUGUGGACCCUGACCUGGCUCCCGAGGUGCCCACUCAAAUGGUAGAGGACCAGCCAGAUCCAAAUUCCACCCCUCCUGCUUCAACGCCCUCCUCUGUGGCGGAGGUUGAAGAAGUGGGCAUCCUUGUCAGCGACACAGUUGAUGCUCCUGUAUGCCCCUCACCUCCGACGGCACAAGAGGAGAAACCACAGGCUGCCCCGGCUCUGUGCGAGAAGAUGCCAGAGAAGCGACAAGAGGAGGAAAUGCAGGUGAUGGAAGAAAAGGAAGGGCCCACAGAGAUGGCAUCGGCGGAGCCUGUUGCUGAAGUUGCAGAAGCAGUAAACCCUGUUUGUAUAGAACCAGAGGAAAUGCCUCCAAAAUUGAUAACUGAAGCGCCUCAGCUUCCGCCGCCAGAGCCUGCCGCUCCCGAGCCCGAACUCCGGCUUGCCCCGAAAAAACAGGAAGAGCCUCCUCUCGCCAACGGCCUUCCUCAGGACAUGGAGGAACUUGGCGAAGAAGACACUACUCCCUGCAAUCAGCCAGAAGUUUCUCAAUCUCAGGAAUCCACACCUGUGGCUAAAAUUGCAGUGCCAGUUGUGGAACACUUGGAGGUCAAGGAGACAGAGGUGGUGGUGGCGGAACAGAAAAAAGAAGUGGUGAAGGUGGCAAAAAGUGAAGUUUCUCCUGCUCCCAUCUCCAUGAACUGUCCUGUUGAGGAAUCUGCUAUGCAAGCUGCUACAUCUGUGCCAAAGAAGAGGAGGAAUAUGAAGGAAAUUAACAAAAAGGAGGCCAUCGGAGACCUCCUCGAUGCCUUCACAGAGGAGCAGGUUGCCAAGCCUGCCCCAGAGCCCUCCUCCACUCCAGCUGAACCUGUCCCCGUGGUUCCUGCUGAACCUCCCGCUGAGGUUGCAGAUGAGACCUGGGAGGAGAAGGAGGACAAGCAGAAUGCAGAACCGGAGACCAAAUCUGAGACAGCUGACAAGAAAUAUCAGUACAAGGAAGAACAAUGGAAGCCUAUCAACCCCGAAGAGAAGAAACGCUACGACCGAAAAUUCCUUCUGGGCUUCCAGUUCAUCAGUGCCAGUAUGAACAAGCCGGAAGGCCUGCCUGCUAUCGAUGAUGUGGUUCUGGACAAGGUAAACAAGACUCCACUGCGGCCUGCAGAUACAGGUCGAUUGAAUGUCAGGACAGAUUUUACCCCUUCGUAUGUGGAGAAUCUGGGCAGCAGAUCAGUGGGAGGAAUGCGUGGACCAAUCCCCGGACCACGGCGGUCCCAGCAGGGUCAGCGGAAGGAGCACCGCAAAAUCAUCACCAGCAUGUCGCUCAAUGACGACGUGCAGCUAAACAAGGCGGAGAAGGCCUGGAAGCCGUCGACGAAAAAGGCCACCAGAGGUCGAGGGGAGGAUGAUGGGACUGGAUCAAAUGACGAAGAGCUUACCCCCGAGCAAGCCAUAACGCAAGAAACCCUGAAGCGAUUGCGCAGUAUCCUCAACAAACUCACGCCGCAGAAGUUCCAGGAUUUGAUGAAUCAGGUGAAGGAGCUGACCAUAGACACCGAGGAGAGACUGAAGGGCGCCAUUGACCUAAUCUUUGAGAAAGCUAUCUUGGAGCCCAGCUUCUCCGUGGCCUACGCUAACAUGUGCCGGUGUCUUUCUGGGUUAAAAGUCCCCACCACAGACAAACCCGGUCACAUUGUGACCUUCCGCAAACUGCUGCUCAACCGCUGCCAGAAAGAGUUUGAGAAGGACCAGGAUGAUGACGAGUUCUUGGACAAAAAGCAAAAAGAGAUGGAGGCUGCUAAAGACGAGGAAGAACGUGAACGCAUGCGCAUAGAGCUGGAGGAAGCCCGCGACAAGGCCCGGCGCCGCUCGCUUGGCAACAUCAAGUUUAUCGGUGAACUUUUCAAACUGAAGAUGCUGACGGAAGCCAUCAUGCAUGACUGUGUGUUGAAACUACUGAAGAAUCAUGAUGAAGAGUCUCUGGAGUGCCUCUGCAGGCUUCUCUCCACGAUUGGCAAGGACUUGGACUUUGAGAAAGCCAAGCCUCGUAUGGAUCAGUAUUUUAAUCAGAUGGAAAAGAUCAUCAAAGAGAGAAAAACAUCAUCCCGAAUCCGCUUCAUGCUACAAGAUGUCUUGGACCUCAAAAAGUGUAACUGGGUGCCUCGUAGAGGAGACCAGGGUCCUAAAACCAUUGACCAGAUCCACAAGGAUGCGGAGAUGGAAGAGCACAGGGAGCAGAUCAAAGUCCAGCAGCAACUCAUGUCCAAAAAGGACACAGGCGGAGGCAGGAUGGGAGGAGGUAUGGGCGGUCGAGGCCCUCACAUACCAGGAGGGGGCCGGGGCAGCCAGCCCCAGGAUGAAGGCUGGAACACGGUGCCCAUCUCUAAGCGAUUUUACGACUCUUCCCGACUCAAGCUCUCUAAGCACGACAAUCUGGACCUCAACAAUCAACGGUUGGCUCCUUCUGGCAAAAGUUGGGGCAAAGGCAGUAGCGGAGGAAUGGGGGUUAAAACUGCAACAGCAGACCAGGACUCUCGCCCAACCACCAGCAACAACCGCUUCGGUGCCCUGCAGCAAUCCGGCUCCUUGUCCUCUGACUCUGAUCGUAGAGCUUCUCAGAGGUCGAGCUCCAGCCGCGAGCGAGGCGGUGAUAGGGAGCGAUCGGAUCGGGAUCGAGAGCGCUUUGACCGUUUGGACCGUGACGACCGCAGUACCCGAAGCCAAAACACCAAGCGGAGCUUUAGCAGAGAAACGGAGGAGCGUGGCGGGAGGGGCGGUGAUAACCGGCCCUCCAACGAGCCCAUGCGCCGCGUGGCCAGCAUGACGGACAGCCGUGACCGGGGUAGCAGAGAUCGUGGCAGCCGAGACCGAGGCAGCAGAGAUCGCGGCAGCCGAGACAGGGUUCCAAGCAAAGACGUCCCAGCCAAGCGCGAGAGUGCCCCCACACCACCUUCUCUUCCUGAACCAGCAAUGUCAGAAGAGGCGAUGGAAAAGAAGUCCACGGCCAUCAUCGAUGAGUUCCUCCACAUCAACGAUUUUAAUGAGGCAACCCGGUGCGUAGAUGAGCUAAAAAGCAGCAGCGCACUGCUCUACGUGUUUGUGCGGAAGGGCGUGGAAUCCACACUGGAACGCAGCGCCAAAGCUCGUGAGCUGUUCGGCACCCUCCUGCCUAAACUCACCCUGGCUGGAACCUUGCCCAUUCAGCAGUAUUUUAAAGGGCUUUCACAGAUCCUGGAGGUCGCUGACGACAUGGCCAUAGACAUACCUCACAUCUGGCUCUACUUGGCUGAAAUCAUCACCCCCAUGCUCCUUGAGGGUGGCAUUCCUAUGGGGCAGCUCUUCAGUGAGAUCUCCAAGCCUCUCCUACCACAAGGGAAGGCCGGCGUGCUACUGGUGCAAGUCCUUCAUUUGCUCUGCAAAGGAAUGACUCAUAGUAAGGUUGGGGCCCUGUGGAAAGAGGCAGGGCUAAACUGGAACGACUUCCUGCCCAAGAAUGAUGACGUCAACAAGUUUGUCACUGAGCAGCAAGUGGAGUUCACAACCGGAGAGGGGCAGUCCAAGGAGAGUACUAAAAAGGCACUAAGUGGAGAUGAGCUUCGGCAAGAGCUUGAGCGCCUCCUCCGCGAUAAGGCCAGCGACCAGCGCCUCAAAGACUGGGUGGAGGCCAAUCUGGAUGAGCAGCAGAGGUCCUCCAACCAGUUCGUACGUGCACUCAUGACCGCCACGUGCCAGUUGGCCAUCACAGGAGACCCGUACAAGGUGGACUUGCCGCUGAUCAACAGUCGAGCCUCCCUGCUGCAACACUUCCUAAAUGACGAACAGAAGGAGCUACAGGCGCUCUACGCCCUGCAGGCGCUCAUGGUGCAAAUGGAGCAACCUGCGAACCUCCUGCGCAUGUUCUUCGACGCGCUGUACGACGCCGACGUCAUCAAGGAGGAUGCCUUCUACAAGUGGGAGUCGAGCAAAGACGCUGCGGAGCAGAACGGCAAAGGCGUGGCCCUCAAGUCCGUCACCGCCUUCUUCACUUGGCUGCGCGAGCCCGAAGAAGAGUCCGAUAAGGACUGA